GUCACCUCUCAACAUCAUUAAUUUGAACUUACAGUGCUUACUUAAGUCCUGGCAAAUCAUAGGUGGUGGAAAUGUCUGUACCAAGAUUCCAAAAAAUAAACUUUGGAACAUAUGAUAAUUACAUUCCAGUCAGUGAAUUAAGCAAAAAAUCAUGGAAUCAGCAACACUUUGCCCUGGUAUUUCCCAAACCACCACGGCCAGGAAAAAAAAAGAGAUCAAAACCAUCUCAACUACGAGACAAUACAGCUCCUAAAUAUGAUGAAGAGAAAUUAAGAGAAGGUCCUAAACGACCGUUAUGGAUGCACAGUUCUUUAAUGAGAAUUUCUGAAAGACCAUCUGAUUAUUUAGCUGCCAGGAUAUGGCCCCAACAUAAACCAACCCAUCACCCCAAGGAGGUUGCUAAAGUAGCAGAUGUACACAAACCUGUAUCUCCAGCAAGAGGUAAGAAAGAUAAAGAACACAAGAAAGCAGACAAGAAAGACAAAUCAGAAUCAGAAUCAGAAUCUACAGUUUCAAAGGGGCCACUAAUAACUAGGAAGGAGUCAAAGAAAGAAAAGGAUAUAGAAACAGGAACUAAAGGUGAAAAAGAUGUUGCAAAAACAGAUGUCAAAAAAGAGAAGAAACAUACAAAGAAGGGUAAGGAGUCAGCUACAGAAUCUGAAGAGGAACAAAAAGGUGCAAAAAAAGAUACCAAAAAAGAAAGAAAAGAUUCAAAGAAGGGUAAGGAGUCAGGUACAGAAUCUGGAGGUGAAAAGAAAGAUGCCAAGAAAGGUGACAAGAAAGAAAAGAAAGAUUCAAAGGACAAGGAGUCAGGUAUAGAAUCUGAAGGUGAGAAGAAAGAUGCCAAGAAAGAUGCCAAUAAUGAAAAGAAAGAUUCAAAGGACAAGGAGUCAGGUACAGAAUCUGAAGGUGAAAAGAAAGGGGCCACAAAAGGUGCCAGGAAAGAUAAGAAAGACUCAAAGGACAAAGAGUCAGGUACAGAAUCUGAAGGUGAAAAGAAAGAUGCCAAGAAAGAAAAGAAAGAUUCAAAAAAGGGCAAGGAGUCAGGUACAGAAUCUGAAGGUGAAAAAAAGAAUUCAAAGAAAGAUGCCAAGAAAGAUAAGAAAGAUUCAAAGAAGAGCAAAGAAUCAAGUAUAGAAUCUGAAGAUGAAAAGAAGGGUGCCAAGAAGGAUAAGGAUGGGAAAAAAGAUUCAAAGAAACCGGGAGAAAAAGAUGAUGAGUCAAAAGACAAGAAAGAAUCCAAGAAAGAUGCAAAGAGAAAGGUAAGUAAAAAAGAGAAGAAAGAUGAAAAGCCUAGUGGGAUAGAUAUUGAAUCAAAAGAUGAUGCCAAGAAAGAUGCCAAGAAGAAUGCCAAGAAAGAUGCCAAGAAGAAUGCCAAGAAAGAUACUGACACAGAAUCUCCUGAUGCAAAGAAGGAUGCAAAGAAGGAUAAAAAGGAUGCAAAGAAGGAUGCAAAGGCAAAGAAAGGCAAGUAGGCCUUGGAUAAAAUUCAAAAGCACAUUCGAUAAAACAAUUUUAGCAAUCUGAUACCAAAUCUAUGAGUGACAGGGGGCCUCAAAGAAUCAAAUAAUUUUUAAAAUGGAGCAAAGAAGAAUACAAAGAAAGACUCAUAAAAUCAUAAAAAUAUAAAGAAGAAAAGAAAAAUUAAGAGAUGAUUCAAUGAAGAACUUGGAGGAUACAUAUGCUAAGUUUGGGGAUAUGAAGGAUUCAAUGAAAAAUCCCUAGAAAUGUUCAAAGAAGAAUAUUCAAAUCAGGAUGUAGAAGUUAAUGACACUGGAUCUGUGGAUAGCAAAAAAAAAAACCAAAAAUAUAUCAAGACUUCAAAAAAAUCCAAGGAGGUAGACAAUCUAUAUAAUCAAACUGUGAAGCUGCAUCCACAGAUUUAAAUAAAGAACUAUAGGUGUAUCAGAGGAAGUCAAAAAAAUUUCAGAAAGUCUUUCAAAUAAAUACAAAUUAAAAGUAGCAUUCUUCAAAAAAAAUACGGAAGGAAGGAAGGAAGAAAAGAAUUGCUUCCUUGUGAACCUAUACCGUCAUCCCUGAAGCGUAAACAGCCACACCAGGUUGAUGGAAAUUAAAUUCCACAUCCAAGCCAAGACAAACACACUUGAAUAUAGUAGCCAACUUCUCUCCAUUUAAGACAGGAAAAUCAAACUUUUCCAAAUUACCAAGACACUGCUAUGAAAGAAAACAUUUGCAGUAGAUAUUGUAUAAGGAGAGUGAAGUAAUAGCACCCGAGAGCUCAACCAUCAUGUCAUCAUGAAGGAGGGACAAGAAAAGAAUAUAAAACACAGAACUCAAGGCAGAAUGGGAAAGUACCAUCUCACAUCCAAAUAUCAUUAAUUCUAAAAAGCAUUAGAAAAAAUGAAGUAUGCCUGGAGACAAGCUGGCAAUAACCAGAGAAGGAAGUUUCAUGGUGUAUAGAGAGGGUAAAAGAACAUGGAAUGGUGAAGUUCAGCCUUUGGAUAAAGGAAGUGAAAAAAAAAAAAGCCUGGGCAUUCGAAAUAUAUUUUUGUGGAGAAAAAAGGCUUACAGCCAAACCAGGAGAACAGCUUUAAUGGGAAUCAUUUGCUAAACCACCUAAUGAAAGUGAAACAAAGAUGAUCAAGAUUAUGACUAUGUGAAGUCUCCCACCCAUCAGAAGCCCUACUGUAAUUCAAUGAAAUGAUCUGGAAAAAAAAAGAAUGGCCAUCAACUAUAUUCAGCAUGCUCUGUUUAUCUCUUCAGAAACUUCUCCUUCAUGAUGUUUUCCCCCCAUCACCCCAGUGAAACAUGCAGACUACCAUGAAGAUAUACUAAAAAUUCUAACAACCUGGAGGAGUCUAAAAUCCCAUUCAGUUGCAAAUCUUCCUGUCAUGGGAGUUGAUUGCCAGCUCUAAUUUUGAGUGAACGCAUUAAACAUGAUGGUGAAAAUAUCAAUUAAAAAAAUCUACUCUCCAUA